AUGAACAUGCAAGCUAGACAUUCGAGGAAAGACAGCGAUGACUUAUCAAAGCUCCUCGUUGGGCAUGAUGACGCGAAUCUAGAGUUUGGUGGAGGCCAAUCCCAGAUGGACCCUUCUUUAACAGAGCCGUCCUUGUCUUAUCGUCAACCGAAGACUUCAUUCACGUCGUUUCGAGCGUUCCUCUCUCGCUGUAACAGUAAAACUUACUGUAUUGACAAUUUUUUACUCCGGGUUACGAGGGUCUAUGUUCAUCCAGCUGUUUCUUCGUUGGUUUUGUUCUUCGCAAUUUUAAUUCCCGUCGUUUUGGCGCUCGUUGUGGUUAUUCCUGAUUGCAAUAACGGUGAUUGUUUGGUUAUAGACAAAUCUAUAGAGUCAUUUGAAAUCCCGGGACAUAUAAGUUCUGAACGAAAUGACAUGGUUGAGGUUGCUGGAAGCCAUUCCCAUACGCAGAAGAAACUUCCUAAUUUGAGACGUAAAAGAUUUGCGAGGGCUCUAGACGAAAAACCGACAGAAAAGACUUCUUAUCAAACAAAACCGAGAUGGAGGUUGGAGUUAGUCUAUCUUGCCAUAGGGGACGACGACCUGAACAUGUUCACUAAAGAAAGACUCGAAACCGUCCAUGCAAUAGACCAGAGUCUUAUGUCGCAGCCGGGAUUCAACGACUACUGCUGGAAAUGGAAAGAAGCAAGAGCUGACCCUUUUCUAGAUGAUCACUGUGUCCCUCCAAUUUCUCUUAUAAAUUUCUUUUAUCCCUCGCGAUCUGAGUUUCUCAAAAAAGAAAUAUUCGACGGACAGGGAAGGAACGAAGAUGGUACUGUAAUCAAGAACCUUACAGAAACCAGCAUUCAGAACACCUUAAAGCUUCUGCUUACAAAAACAUUUACGUAUUGGUUUGUCGACGACUCUUUUUCGAAGGAUAACUUGAAGAGUCGAUUCUUACGAGCAGAAAUGAAAUUUGGUUCUCCUCUGAAGCCGGAUGGCACCAACCGUAAAGAAAGAGAUCGGUACGAGAAUUUUUUGAAGAGCUACAUUGAAGCAAUGAAAAAGAUGUCAACAGAGUAAGUACAACUAUUAUGUAAUUCAUAUAUUUACGGCAUAGCGAUUUUUGUCAGUUUUGCGUGGAUUGAUCUAGAAAUUCCUUUUUUCCUUAGUUGCAAUCUAAAGCUCUUUGAAGCAUGAUACAAUUGCUAUAUUGACAUUGCUUGAAGUGAUCGGCACGUAAAGUAGGUUAAUUCGGUUGGUUAUUCGGUUGGUUAUUCAGUUGGCGGUUUAUUAUUUAGAUCGCGAGUUUUGUAAACCCUUAUGACGCUUUCUGGUUAGAGAAUUAAGGUUCUAUUCUCAAAAAACAUCUUCAGCCUAAAGCUCUCAAACUCUCAAAUUUCCUUAUUCUACAAUAUCGUGAAAAUGCUUUAUCAUUUUCUAUUGUUCAAGCGUGGAAAAAUAUACCAUUUCGUUUGCGAGCAAUAUUUUUCAGAACUCUUUUGUACAGCAAGCUCGAUCCAUCACUUGCAGCUGCACAGGUGAAAACUCGGACGCGAAUUCCCAUCAUAUCGAAUAAUUUGAAUGCAAAUUUCCUCUCUUCCUCGUUUGAGUUUUUUCAUUAAAAUAUCCAGCAUUAGGAGUAAAAUUGAACAAUCGUACUCUAAUCUGGUGUUUAGUCGAUAUGCAAAUUGCUGUCAACAAUAGCAAACAAUGUAUAAAAACAAAGGGUCACGAGUUUCAAUUCUUAGGGAUGAGAGUAACAGCCUAGCACCUUUUCAGUCUGCUACAAUCUAUUCUGGAAGAUUUGUAAGCAUUAGUUGUUGAUUGUCAACACAGAGGGUGCCUUAGGGAAGAUGCUAUUGUUAGGACUGGACCUCUGGCCAGUAUUGUAGUCAUGUGCAUCAAUUCUUUAAAAUCUUAUUGGAUGAUGACACAGAGCAAUUAGCGUUCAAAAGCAACAAGGAAAGUUUUUGCACAAAAUUCAGAAUAUUAAAUGGCAGAGGUGAUGCAGGGAGUCUGGCCUUGUUGUUCAAAAGAUUUGCACCUCUGAACACAGAAACCACUUGUAUGUUAAUAUAUGUUUUCACUUACAAUGGCAUCACUUUGUAUUGCUUGGAAUUACCUCCUUUGCUUCAAAUGCAUUAUUUUGCAAACAAUUGGUGAAUGAAGACAAUACCAAAUUAUCUCAACUAAUUCACAAGAAUAUUUGUCUAGGUAAUCACAAGAUUUCGAGUGCAAUUUGGAAUAAAUAAGCACAAGUGAAUUUUAGCAAAGACCAACAAAAUUGCAUGAGCCCAUAGAGUGAGUGCAAUUUGUGGUCUUUGAAAAAAAUUAGCAAGUGCUUAUUUAUUCCAAAUUGCACAAGGGAAAAUCAUGUGAUUAUGUAUUAAUAGUAUACAUGAAAAAAUAUGAGAUAGCUCAUCAUAAUUAUGCAGAAGCAAAGCAGUGCAGCAAGUGCAAAAAUAACUAAAUUCAAACCCUGCAAGUGACAUUAUGCAUUCGGUCAAAACAACUGCGUACGAUCAAAACAAAAAAAAUACAUAAAUGAUAUUUUCACAUCUUUAGACACAAAAAAUUUCAUAGUCUGGCUGAACAGUUCAAGGAAUUGUUCAGUCUGGUUUGUUACAUCUUUGCACUGAAUUAACCCUCUUCUGCACUGAAUUACCUGAAAACUGCAUUUAUCUUAACCAAGCAGAACUGAGUAAUUUUAUCUUGUAUCUUAUUAAUUUCAUAACAGGUAGAAUGGAGGGUUACUGAUUAGAUCUUGGCUUUAGAGUUGACCAUAUCAACCCUCUCACUCCCUAGAUCUCAUUGGUAAUUCUCCUUAUUGUCUAGCUCAUGAUUCUUUUUGUGUUUAAUUCAGCGAAAUUGACAUUGGAUCAACUAAUGAUCCUGUAAUUGAUAUUUUUAAUUACUCUUAUCAUUUGUCUACUUGAUUUUGUAUUGAUAUUGUAAGGAGAAAUUUUGUCUUGAACACUCAUGAAAGUUAAAAUGUUAACUAUAUGAUACGGUGAUGUACCAUAUCUUUAGAAUAUGCUUAAGAAAACUCAGGGAAGAAAAGUGAUCCAGAAACUUUUCAAUAUUUGUCUUUGCCAUUAAAAAGCAUAAAGAGAAAGUAUGAAUGAAAAUUUUCUUUUCAAAGAAAUUCAAAUAACUAGUUUUCCAAAGAAGAUUUUAAGCAGCAAAAAUCACAAAACUUUGUAGAGCAUACCUCACCUCUUAGAGUUACAUUAUCUUUGUUUUUGUCAACAGCAAAGUGAGAUUGCUCUAUGGUGGAACAGAUGUCUUUGACUAUGAAGUGAAUAAGACACUAUGGGCAGACAUCAAGUUAGCAGUGUUCACCAUCGCUUUUGUUGGAAUUUUUGUGCUCAUUUUCACGCGACUUUCCCUCUUUUUAACUUUUUUCGGAAUUAUCAGUAUUGUGACUCCUCUUUUCGUGGCUUAUUUCUUUUUCCGUCAUGUGUUUCAAGUCCCAAGUCUUGGCAUUCUUAGUGGCAUUUCAGCAUUCAUCAUUAUCGGUAUUGGAGUGGAUGAUGUCUUUGUCUUUGUCAAUACUUUCUGUCAAGCACACAGUGCAAGAAGUUUGGAAUCACGCAUGCUGCAUACCAUAUGUACAGCAGGCAAAGCAACCUUCUUCACAUCAUUUACCACAGCAAUGGCUUUUUUUGCCAACUGCUUUUCCAAGGUGGGUUAGAGUUACAGAGAGGGUGAAGGUCUUAUUAGCACAGGGGUAUCAAAAAGAGCAGGUUACCUGUAGUCUACUAUCACCUGUAAGACCUCUUUCCACAUUCAGUGCUUAGCCUGGGAGCAGGCUGUUGUGAUUAGGGUUUUCUAUUAUGCAGAGCCAUUUAUGGAAAAAGUUAUUGAAACCACUGUUUGCAGAUACCCUCAGGAACCUUAAAAGGAUUUGUUUGCUUAGUCAUUGGCAACCAGUGGUGCAAUUUUUUCAUAUACGCAUUAUGGUUUUUUUUUCUUUUUUCUGGCGAUGGUUGAGGGAAACUGAAAACAAGUCAGUGUUAUUUAGGUUCUCUAAAAUUCUAAAGAAUGAUUAGCAUGCUCUAUGAGAUAUGUAUUACCAUAAAAAUCCACAGAUAAGCUGCACCUGCAGAUAAGCUGCACCUGCAGAUAAGCCACACCUGCAGAUAAGCCACACCCUGAAUUUAGCAACUCAAAUUUUGGAAAAAAGGUUUUUUGAAAGAAAUCAAAAGUAAUCCAAAGUUGAGUCUUGAGGAGUCUUCUUCAUUCACUGUUCAUUGAACAUAAACUCACUAUUAACAUUGCAAUGGAAAAUACUUCAAAGUCUUACCCACAAUUUUAGUACUUCAAUGUGAAUAUUGUUUCUACCAACUUUGACAUAUGAUUGAUCUUUUUCUGGUAAUUGUUGAUAGGAAUUUCUUCAUUCAACACAGUUUUUUCAUAGAUUUUUGCAUUACAACAAGAAUGUGAGCGGAACAUUUGAAGCUUAGUAACCAGGCAUUAGAUCCGAUGUGAAAAUGGAAAUGUUCCCGCAGAUAAGCUGCACCCUCAAUUUCUAGCAACGAUUUUUGUAGAAAAAGUGCAGCUUAUCUGGAGGUUUUUACAGUACUCCCAACUUUAGGAAUCCCACUUUUCACAGAUGUUUAUAAAAAUACAAAUUAUCAAUAUGACUAAGUGAAACAAACUAUUAUAUUUUACAAAAGACAUAUUUCAAAUCAGACACAACUGUCAGCCUUAAGUCAACAUUUUUUGGUUGCACAAUUUGCAACCAAUAUUCCACUUAAGUUUAAUUUUAUUCUGGCACUCUGCCAGAGGCUGUGAGGAUACCAGCACAAUCACAUCAAAAGUUGCCCAUUUUCGUAAAGAGAGCUGCCUUAACUUGUUCCAAAAUACUAACAGUUGCUUUAUGUGUCAAAUAGAUGCCAGCUAUCCGUGAUUUUGGCUUGUUUAUGGGGCUGAUAGUGGGCAGCUGCUGGUUUACAGUGUUUUUUACCAUUCCCCCAGCUCUCACCCUUUGGCAUCGUUACAUUUCAAAAUGGGAAGUAUUGAUAUAUAAAAUGAUUUUCGGGAAGUUGAAUUGCGCCUUGGGGAGUGGACGUUCUGAUUUGCCUGGUAAGUAUUUAAUAAUAACUUAUGGUUAUUCUCAGUGCCUCUUGAUAUAUGGGGCUCAUUCUUUUGAAAGAUGUGGUAACUUAUCAGGCCCAUAGAGCAGGAUUUUGUUUGCUGUGUUUCUUUCAUAAUCAAGAUUUAGACAGAUUUGAAAUACAAACAAUAAAAAUAUCAGGAUGAAAAAACAGGUUGGAGUAAUGUUGGUGCAAAUACUUUCAAAGAAUUCAAUAGAACUAAAUUUUUUUAACAUUAUAUCAGGCUCAUAAAGUUACAGGAAGUUAUGAGAAACAGCCCUUGAUUAGAAAAUUUCUUCAGAAAUUUAAUCUGCUAAGUACUUCCUUGUCAGGAGAAUCAGCUCCUGAUCAGUCAGAAAUAGCAAUUCAGUGGUAUAACCUUCUGAACCUGCUGAAAAUUUGUUGGUGCAAAGACUUUUGAAGAAUUAUAUAACAUUUAACAUUAGAUCAGGCUUGUAAAGUUACAGGGAGUUAUGAGAAACAGCCCUUGAUUAGUGAAUUUCUUCAGGAAUUUAAGCAGCUAAGUACUUCCUCGUCAAGAGAAUCAGCUCUUUAUCAGUCAGAAAUAGCAAUUCAGUGGUAUAACCUUUUGAGCCUGCUGAAAAUUCCCUGGCUGAAGUUUUUUCUUUACCUAAAACAAAAUUUUUAUAGCUGACUUAUAAGGAAAUAUGCAGUAUGUAGAGGGGAGAAUCAACCAUUAUAUCGUCGGAGUUUAAGGGUUAAUGAUGACAUCUAUUUGCAGGUGACAUUCAGCAGUUUCUGUCGGGAAAUGAGAGGAGUUAUUCUCAGCAAGCUUCAUCAUCAUCAGCAUCGCAAGUAAUGGAACUUGCUGAUAGAUCACUCUCUCAGGAGGACGACACCUCGCUGAUCAACUUAGACAGUAGUUCCCCUAACUCACAAAGCCCAUCUCCUAGUUCAAGUGACACUGACUUGACCAUGUUUGAUGAUCCCAAUGGUACGUUUGAUCAACAAGCACCCCUAGUGCACAGGAGGUCUUUCCAAUCAAGACAAGGGCUGCCUCAUCAAAGUCACAGUAGCAGUUGCUGUCGUUGCCGAUGUGGGCUACAGUCAUUUCUGUAUUACUGGCUUGCUGUUCCAAUACAAAAGUGCCGUUAUAUCGUUCUAGUUCUUUUUAUUUUAAUCCUGGGUGUGUCCAUUGGUUUUGACUCACAAAUCCGACCGUCUACCAAGCCACCAGCGUUCUUCAAGGAAAGCACUAAUUUGCAGCAACUUAUAGAGCUGAAGUAUAACAUGAGCAGUGAAUCAUUAGACACAAAUGACAUUGCUGCCGAUCAGCUUGUGAAUGAAUUUCAACAGUCAAACGACAUCGAUAACCCUACACCAACCACAAAAAAGCUCAUGGUGACAACUCAGAGUAAUUCACCAAUAUCUGAAUCAACCCCAGCACUUAAGACUCCAGACACUUCAGGAGACAAAAAAAAGGGAGAGGGUAUAGUCAAACCUCCAAAUUCCAAGACAACUCCUAUACCAAAAGGGAAGACAUUGAAACCAACAACAGCAAGUUCGCAGAAAAAAACUAGCUCUGGGUGAGUCAGUGUGUAGGCUUGAGGUGAAUUACUUCUGUAAGACGUAGCUUCCCUCCUAGCAUUUGCUUGACUUUUAUCCAUUUCAACACUUAGAGUGACUAGCAUUUAAUUUCUCUUUACAAUAUAACCCCAGAAUUUCACAUCAAUUUCUUGAGAAUAAAGGAAAUGAUCACCAACUAAAGAAACUCUUAAUUGUUUGACAAAUUCUCCAUGUCAACACCUAAGGAAGUGUACAGAAAACAGUUUGGAGAAUAUGAAAGCUGAUGUUAGAGUGGAAAAGGUUAAAUCAAGAAGAUCCCUAUGCUUAGGCCAUCUUGCAAUUUUUCUCUGAGCUGGGCAUCAGUUGUAGUAUUUUAACUUUUAGUUGUUGUAGAGUGUUCCUGCGUCUGAUUCUGUUGUUUUAAGUUUGUCCAUUGAUAUAUAUAAAAUUGCUUAUUGCAGCUCUCCAACCAAAAAACCUACAGUUCGUAGUACGAAAAAACCAAGUGAGUGUUAAUUUAUCCUUUGUUUGUUCAGUGAGGAGUAUCCAGAAAAAAUUGACAGUUAUAUUUUUCAGCCUUUCAACACGUUUCAACUUUGUUGGUAAUGUUUGACUUUUUGUUAUGUACCAAUCAGGGACAGAAAGGAAGUUUACACCAACACAAAAGGCAACCAAAGGUAGGAAUUUAUUUACUACUUUUUAUGUUGCUUGCAUGGUUAAUAUUUGAAUCGAGUCUUGUAAAUUGUUCGUCCUUUGUCUGUUGUUAAAUUUUCAGACAAACCCCUGACCAAAAAGAAAGAGUCAAAUGAAGGUAUGGAUUCUUGCUUUUGACUUCUUUGACAUUAAAUUUAUUCAAAAAUUGUUUGGAGUAUUGAUUAAUCAAGCAGGCAAAUAAAAUUGAUGUCAUUUUUCAAACACAUCAGGUGAUUCUGGGGAUGACAUUCAUUCACCAAUUGCUAUUGGCACACCAACCACACCCCCACUGUGUCCUGGAGGGUGCAAACCAGUCCCGAAACCCAUUGUGGCUUCAUCAGCGGUUAUUUUUGUGAUCCUUGGCCUGAGUAAGAUUGAUCGUAGCAUGAUCAGGCGAGAGCAUGUUAUUGAAAAGAAGGUAUGGACGUACUGAUGCUCCAUGAUGUUGAAUGAAAGGCAUAAUUUUUAUUGAACAAUUUUGGACAGAUGAUUUUCUGUAAAUUUGAGUAUGUGUAUUUUUGGACAUUACCGGUAAUUAUUUAGUUAUAGCCACCUCAGGGACUGAAAUGUUUGUUGGUAAGCUCUAUCUUAAAGACAAAAGUAUUUAUUAUUUACUAGGUUAGUGACAAUAUCUACAAAGCUUUUAGAUAUUGAAUUACAGACAAGACUGGUAACUUUGUGGUUCAAUUGUCCCAAGUGCUCCAAGAAGGUCACACAAACCUUUGAGCAAAUUCUAAUUGUGGAAUAACUUUUCCCUGUUAAAUUAUGCAUUCAGUCAUUCAGUCAUUCAUGUCAAACCAGGUGCCAGGUUUGGAUGGCUUGUGGCUCUUACUGACAGCUCUGCUUUAUACCCCGAUGAAUUCUCCAGCAAAUUUUCAUACAGACAUGAAUGUUUUAUCAUUUACUUUAUUCCAUUACGAAAACAUUCAAAAAAACAAAAAAACAAAAAAAAAAAACCCUAACAGUGUAGAGUUUAUUAUGACAAAUUAAAUUAAUGCAGAGACAUAUUUCAUUUUUCCUUAAAAAUAAUGCAUAAAUAUUCAUUUUCUCUUGUAGGGGGAAGUUAUUCCAGACUUUAGUUUCACAAAGUUGGUUUCAGAAAGAUCCAAAUUUGUCAGUGCUGCAUGCCACCUGUGCAAAAUGAUAAGCAACAAUCAUGAGCUUGUUAGAGAAGGAGGAGCAGAUUGCUUCCCCAGCUGGAUGUGGGAUUUCUUCCUGGAUGAUAUCAGCAUUAAUGGUCAUUCAUCUGUUUUUUACAAAGACUGUUUUAACUUAACUAAACCAACUUUUAGCUCAGGGUCUUCUCAGGCAAAGAUGUACUAUAUGGAUAUUAAGAAUCCUUACGGAAAUAAGACAUACUGGAUGAAAAUGGCUUUUGAAUCGGUAAGUUGUGAUGUGAGUUAAAAGAGGAUUGAAGGUCAGAAGGGCCAACCUUGAAAAACUUAUCCCAGUUUUAAGGGCAUGAAGCAAUGGAAGAGUAUUGUAAACUCCCCUUGAAAGGUAGGCUAGUCUGUAAAGGGGUAACCCCACCACAUUUUGUAAGGCCUUCUUGGUUUAAUUCCUGGCCCAAGGAACCCCAAGUCCAUGGGUAGAAUCUUGAAGCCUGGUGAGUGCUUCUUCUUAAGGCUUCAAGUACUCAAACCAAAAUUAUAUGAAAAGCUGAUGGAAUCCUAAGCACAUUAUGAUUGAGGACAGACGCACAGAUGAUGUCACCAUUGACAUUUAAAGAACAAACAAGGCUCCCUUUUUGUUUUUUUGUGCAUUGAUAAUGUUGAAGUUUACACAGUGUUUUGUGAUCAGUUUUGCAUUUGAUUUAGACAGGUAAUGGUAAUGUCUGUUGGAGUAGCCUGUUGGAUCCUGAAGGGGUCUGGGGGAGUGUGCUAGCUGCCUCUUAUCUCAUCCCCAGAUCCUUCAGUGUAACUGUAACUGAAAAUACAACCACUUGGCUGUGGAAGGUCUGGGUACAAGACUAAGCUACUGUCUCUAUGUGUUGUCAUUAUUUUGUUUUCAGUCCUGCAGACUGCAAUCAUGGUGGCCGUGUUGAGAGUGUCUCUUUAGUUACCUUCCUAAUUUCAAAAAAUGUUAUUAUUUUCUAAUGGUUGCAUUUCAUUUUUUCUUCAGAAAAUUUUCAAAGGCAAGUCAUCGCAUGAAAAAGUUGAAGAUUUUGAGAAAUGGGACAGCUUUUUGAAAGACAUUAUCAGUUCUCCAUCAUUUCCUGAGGGAUUCAAGUCAAUUUUCCAAACAAAUCAAGAAUGGGUGAAUGUGUUCAUUGAAGUUGUGGCUGUCAACAGUGCAAUCUAUGGCACAGUGUUUUCACUUAUGUUAUGUGUUUUCUCUGUGGCUGUGUUCACGGCCAACGCUUGUUUGACCUUUAUUGUAAUGGUCACCAUAGUAGGUAUGUAUGUCAUCAACUUGUUGGUAUCUAAUUUGGUCUUUGAUUUACAUCACAGGCAAUGAUUUGGGGCUGUGUGUGAGUUUUUGGGUCGGGAAUUAGUUCACCCAACCUCAGUCCCAAACUCUAAAAUUCAGUCCUUCACAUUGCCUUCCACACAGUUUUAAACAUACAUACAUUCAUUUUGAACUUACAGAUGUAUUGUACUCCUCCCAAAGGGGCUUUCUAGAUUAAAGGUACCAUAUUGUUCAGUUAGAAUAUACAUACUCACUUCUAGAUGUCAAAUAAGAAAUUAAAUUCUCUCUAAAAAGUUGAAAUCAAUUUUCUCUUUAAAAGCAGCAAUUGAAGUCUGUCAGUGCAUGAUUUGACUUGAGUGAUAGCUGGAUGGAAUUUCAAAGUCCUAAAAUAGAAGAGUUGUUUGCUUGUGGCAGUUCUGUACAGGGAAGUCUGAAGGAUCUCACACAAAGACUUCUUUGAUGGCUUUCUUUCUGACAGGUGUCCUGACCACAGUUGUGGGAAUUUUUUACCUGCUUUCAUGGCAUCUUGGAGCAGUGGAAGCAAUUUCUUUAUCUAUUUUGGUUGGCACAUCGGUUGAUUAUUGCGUUCAUUUGGUAGAGGGUUACAUUAUGGCUGGAAACUGUAUGCCACAGAAUCUCAGCUCUUCUAAGGUUUGUGUGAAGUAAACAGACAUUAAAGAAAAAUGCUCUUUGUCUUCUCACGAGUGUGGGACAAAGAAAAAAAUCUGAGUCCCCAUGAGGAAUCGAACCUCAGACCUUGGAUUUCCCACUCUGAUGCUCUACCACUGAGCCACAGAGACUCCACGGUGAGAGAGGUCUAUUACAAAGUUCAUAUGACACACAUCCUGCAUACUGCUAGGAUCAGCAAUGUUGAUAGUGUCAUGUUUAUAAAUAGAAUAGAGAGAGAUGGCAAACAGACAUAUUGAUACUUUUUAUGUCCAAGAUCUUGUAGAGAUGUUGUGAACUAAUGGUUGAUGCACUGGACUUUGGGUCCAGAAGUCCUGGCUGGCUUACUUGGUAGUAUUCUUGGCCGAAAUACUGUGAUAGGACUUUUUUUUAUUUUGAGUAUCUCUGGCCUGUGUUCAUGUAUUGGAUAUUUAAAUUUUUUUUGGAGAAUUUAUUCAAGGAUAUGUUCUUGACUUAUUAACAUUCAGGAUGAGCCUUUGUUAGUGGGUGUUUUUAACAGUAUUUUUUAUUCUCUUGUGACAGGAAAUACGUGGCUGGAGAACACGAGCUGCUGUGUCGCAUAUUGGCACUGCCAUCCUCAGCUCUGCCAUUACAACAGUGGUGGCAUCAAUACCUCUGUGCAUGACAGUGAUUCAGCUCUUUGCCAAGUUUGGCCAGAUUUUAGCCAUCAACACUGCUGUAUCAAUUUUCUUUACCCUCACAAUAUGUGUAGCUUUGUUGUGUAUUAUGGCUCCGGUGAAAUUCCGAGCCUCCCUCAUAACUUCAGCUAAAGCUCUUGUUGUAGUAGUUGUUGUAUGUGGUCUUGGUACCCUGGCGUUGUACUCAGUUACGUUGAAGGUCAACAUCCCUGGGCCAUCAGGAGAACCUAUACACUUCUGACAACAUCCUCAAGAAUCAACAAACAGUGUCUGAGCUUCUUAGCAUGUAAACAUAGUCUAGUUCAGUUAAGUGCUAAUAGAAUUGGAUUUUAAAAUAGGUAUGGUUAAAAGGCUUGUAGAACUGAAUCAGUCGUUUUUGCAAUUUUGCAAAUUAAAAGGAACUUUUUAUAUACGGCAUGCAGCUAAUUUUGAAAGAUGAUGUUUUUGUGCCUACUAGAUGCAAUUUUACUUUUGUGUGAAACUAACUUAAAAAUAAUGUUAUUACUUUGUACAGAAAAAAACAGUGGUCUGGAUUUUUUUUCAAAAACAUAACAAUACAAAACUUCAAAAUAGGAAUUCUCUAAUAUUAAGCUAUUUUUUAUCUAAUUGAGCACCUACAAAAAGAGACAAACUUUUUAGGCAUUCUGGCAAAGAGCUCUCAAUAAGUAAGAACAUGUGUAGAAUUGUACUGAAUUAAAGCAGCACUUUGAAAAUUAUUUGUAAAACCACUUGUGCACAUACAGUUGGACUCCAGGCUAUUUUGUGUAGUGGGAAAUCUUUCCUAAAGGAAGGGUUUUGUUUCACAGACAUUUGGCUCUGAAAUUCUUAUGUUCUAAUAUGAAUUGCACAAAGCAAGUUGUGUCCAGAGCUAUUGUAAAGAUUUAUUGAUAGGUAAGUUUUGUAAGUAAUUAAGUAUUGUUACUUGUUUUUAAAGGAAGAGAACUGUGUUGUGUUGUUGAAUGUAUGAGGUAUCUUUCAAAUGUAAAUUAAGUUAAAAAAUGAUUUAAGGACUAAAAUUUAAUUAUGAUGAUAUAUUAAGGGUUAGAAAUUUUAUGUGCAACAUCAUGCCUAAUUCUGAAUAACUCUUGGAGUUAGUGAUUGCUUGAAAGAAAUGCAGAUGGAUUUGGUUAAUGUACAAGGUGUUUUUUUCCUUUUUGCUUUUUGUUCCUUGAAUGCAUCUAAGUUAAGCUUAAAAGUCUACUAAUGUCUUCAAACUUAAACGCAUGACUUCUUCCCUGUACUUCCGUGCUUAUUCAAUCUGUAAAUAGUAUUGUGUUAGUUAGAAUCAUUUUACCUUCAAUUUUGUGUCAAUUAUGUGUCAAUUUUGUACUGGCCUCCAUUUAAAGUUUUCAUAAUUUUUUUAAAUUGACCAGCAUUUGGUACUCAUUCAGUGUCAAGAUUGUAACACUUAGCUGUUGAUUUGUUAUGGUAGCUCUGACUGAGUGGAGUACAAUUCAGGUAAUAAUUGGGCAAGUGAUAUCAAAUUUGGCCAGCUUCAUAGUGUGGGGUUGAUUUGAAAUUACAAGCACAAUUACGUCUAAAUUGUGUAUGACACAAAGUGCGAUUAGUGAUUAAUUGUGUCAAUGACAAAAUGUGAGAAACUUGGUAAUGAAAAAUUUAAUCUAAUGCCAAAAAUGCUCAUCAGAAUCAGAGGAAUACAUAUUCAAAUGGUAGUCAUUGGAUCAUUUUUGUUUUUGUUCAUGUGUGUUUUCAAUGUGAAUCUGUCAACCUGUUUACUUUUGAAGUUUUCCUCAUUUGAUGGGCUAGCCUUGGCUAGGUUAUGUA